AUGUCGUCGGCUGUGGUUGGUUUUGAUGUUGGCAGUCUUACUAGCUUUAUUGGAGCCGCAAAGGGUGGUGGGGUCGAGAUAUUGGCUAAUGAAGUCAGUGAUAGGUGUACUCCAUCAUGUGUUGCAUUCAGUGGUAAGGCUCGACUCCUUGGAAUUGCUGCGGAGCAGCAGAUGGUAACAAAUGUUGCUAACACUGUGACGUCCUUUUCUCGUCUUAUUGGAAAGAUGGAGGGUGAUCCUGCUGUUAAUUUUGAGCGUGAGCAUACAUUCUUCCACAUUGUUCCGGAUACUCAGGGGAGGGCCGCUGUUGAGGUUAAAAUUAAUGGUGAACCUACGGUACUUCUUCCUGAGCAAAUCCUGGCCAUGCAUUUGCACAAACUUGCGCUUAUUGCCGAAUCCAACUUGAAGAUGAAGGUUGUCGAUGUUGUUCUUAGUGUUCCUUCCUAUUACACGGAUCGCGAACGACGUGCAUUCCUUGACGCUUCGAGAAUUGCUGGUCUAAAUUGUAUGCGGCUUGUGAACGAAACGACUGCAAUCGGGAUUGCUUAUGGCCUUACGAAGAAGGAUUUGCCAGCCAUUGAUCAACCAUCUAGAAAUGUUGCCUUCGUCAGUUUGGGGAAUUCCAGUCUCCAAGUUGCUAUCGUUGCGUUCAACGCCGGUAAAAUGAAAGUCAUUUCAACUGCAUGCGAUCCCUGCUUGGGCGGUCGAGAUUUCGACAUGUGUAUUUUCAAACACCUAGUCGAAGAGAUUAAGGACAAGUAUAAUCUGAAGGUGAUGUCGAAUGUAAAAGCCCGUGUGCGAUUGCUUAAAAGUUGUGAGCGCCUAAAAAAAAUCAUGAGCACAAACUCCACUGAAAUUCCUAUUAACGUGGAGUGUCUUAUGGAAGAUACAGAUGUCUCUUCGAAGAUGAAGCGCGAGUUUUUUGAGGAAAUUUGUAGCAGUUUGCUGUCGAGGGUUAAGCAAACGAUGGAGAAGGCAUUGUCUCUAUCAAAGCUGGGACCAGAAUGUCUUUACUCAGUUGAACUUGUCGGAGGCGGCACUCGUAUUCCUGCGGUGAAGGCGUUGGUGAAGGAGGUCUUUGGGAAGGAGGGUAGUGCGACUCUGAAUGCAGAUGAGGCGGUAGCACGCGGGUGCGCCCUUCAG